AAGUAAACGCGGGACGACACAUGUGCGGAACACGGGCAGCCUCUACUGACCUUGACAGCAUCUUUGUUUUCCACUUACAUGCAAUUGGUUCCGCAUUGUAUAUACAGUCUUUUUGUGUGUGUGUGUAUGUGCGUGCUUGUUCUACGCAUGGCUAUCUGGGACUGGGUUGCAAUCUUGUCUCAACUUCUGUUAUCCCGGCAUGCAAUGAUAGAAGAGGAGGAGGGGUUUUCGCAUUAGUCUUCUAUGUCCUCCAAGGCCUCCAGUUCAGACGCGUCGCGUCAAUUCUCACGGGUCAAUGCCUUGGCACCCUCGUCAGAUAAUUGCCUGAACUACGAACAUGUCUCUACCCCAACCAGCUCAGGCACAGCGCGCAAACAUGAUACUUAUGCGAUGGACGAUUUGCUCAAGACUUCAAUUGUUGUCAAGCCAUAUCCAUCAAAGCUCUCUAUCAAGCCCCGCAGCCUGCAGCCAUUGAUGCUGCUCCCAAGGGAACAUUUACCUCUUUCACAUCUAGACCUUGCAACUCCUUCUGGAGAUUUCGAGCAUGCCCGUCAGUAUGAAUCAACCAUCAAGAUCCUGGAUCUCGAAAGCCGUAUGGGCAACCGUCCUGUUGUGCUCAUCGCCCGCAUGGAGACAAACAAGACACCAUAUGCAAUAGAGCGCCAGAAUGGCGGUCUAUAUACUUUGUGUAGGCUGGGAAAUUGGGUAGAUCUUAUCCAACUCAGUAGCCAUGCCACAGUAGCAUAUACACGGCUGCUCAAAGCACGCGCCACUCUUAUCGGCCAUGCCCAACCGGAAGCCUCCACAACACCUCAACUCCACAGCGAGAACAAGAAAAGGAGGCUUGCCAUGGAAGCCAUUCAGUCGUUGGUCAAGCGACCAGCAAGAUCGCAAUCUAUCUCUCUACAGUCUCAGGAUGCCGAGGGGAGCCAAGCGUCCAUGGGUCUUGGGGAAGAAACAGCAUAUCAGACUACGAAGCCAGCUGAGCCGUUGGCAGACGCAGGUAGUAUCCAGACAGAAGAAAGAACCGCGACAUUGGUCAAUACGCUAGCCCCUGAACAGUCUGCGCCAUCACGCAUCGCUGAUGACAUAUUCGAGAAUGUUCGAACUCAUUAUCUUGAGGCGCUUUAUCAUUCGAUGGGAUCUCUGGCAUACUUCGCUAAAGGGCCAUUAUCUCGAGCGCGAGCAGCCUUUCACCUUGACUGCGAAUCUAACCUGAAUACGAAUGAACUGAUCGAUUUCCUCAAAGGUCUCAUCUUGACAACCGUUCAGAUAGAUAAGAAGUACCGUGAAUCGGUGCCUGACAUCAUCGCGAAAAUGAAAACUCAUGUCGCAGAUUCGGCAGAUGAACAAGCCACCAAGGUCAAGAAGAGGAAGACGAAGAAGCUAAAACUGGGAAAGGAUGGCUUAUACCCCACUGAAAAUGAACAUGUUCGGAAAUGGUGGGACGUUCGCAAACCACAGCCACGAGAUAACGAUUCUGUGACAACGGAAAAUCCGCAAGAAACCAGGUUACAAAUCUCACGCCUGCGGUCGAGGGAAACACAGCUGCAAAUGAUCCUAAUUUUGGAGAUUUUGGCACUAGAGCCAGUGAAAUCUCCUGCCGGGGCCGAGGACUCACAACUCCCGGACCUUCCCAAAGACGAGUCUGUUCCGGAUGCUGCUAAAGAGACAGCAGUCAAGAAACGCAACAAGCACAAUUUUCCGGUACUAUUGGACGUGCAUGCAGACCGACUAAGUAUCUGGCAAUCCACAUCCCUUGAUGAAAUCAAGAUAUUGGAUGACUCCCAGUCUGGCAUAUCCGACGCAGCGCAGAAGCCUCACGGGUCACAUAGCGACCCCCUAAAGGACUUCUGCGUUGAAAUUAUUGUGCCAUUUUUUUCGUCAAGGCUCCCCGAACAAUGCGACGCCUUGAAUAGAAAACUGGGAGGACCAGUAAUGCCCUCGCCUCAAAAGUCGAAGCCCAAGGCAGCUGAGCCGAUGGCUAAGCCUAAGGCGAGACCAGGUGCCUUGACUAAGCGACCAAGCACAUCGAAGCCAACCCGAACUCUUGAGCGUGUUUUGUCCAAGGAAACGGAGCGUCAUCGACGAAGUAUUUCUCGUGGCCCAGGUAGUAUGAUCGCGCUGAUGAGAUCUGCUACCACGCCUGUGCCAAUGUUGAAACGAGAAAUCAGCGACACAUCAUCCCUUGCAAGUCUGCCGAAUAAAGACGCAAAAGAUGCCAGUGCCAUUCAAGACGUUUUCUCGAGUUCUUUUGGUGCUUCUAGGCGCACCAGCCAAGAAACAAAGGCUCAAAGAGAGGCCGAUAUCCAAGCAGAAUUGCAAGAGGCCAUUUCGAGCCUGAGAAAGCCCAACAGAGAAGUGGUAGUGAGCAAGGCGAUGGCAGAGGCUGAUCAGCGAAAGGUGACGACAAGCUUAUCACAACUCAAGAAAUCCAGAAAACCAACCGAGCACCUGGGAACUCAUAGCAUCAUCAAGGCGACUCCGGCUGGACCCCGUUUCAGGAACGCUCUUGCAAAAGAAGCCAACAGUCAACCAACAAUGGACAACAUGCACGAGUCGAUCGAGCAAGGAAAUGUCUCAUCGUCGUCACGGGCUGUACCGUCGUCUGCGCCAAGGAAGCGCAAGGCUGAUGCUGCUUUCAUGAUAGCAGAAUCAUCGCCAGCACUACCGACAAUGAGUAGGCCUACAGAGCUGAUUGAUGCGACACCGGCAAGGCCCUUCUUAAAGCGCAGUUUCGUCUCGGCACCUGAGCCUGACGAUGGGUUUGUUCUUGCUUCUUCUCCUGUCGCGACACGGCGAUUCUUGGCUGUCCCGAAUAGUACACUUAAAUAUCGAGAUAGUGGAAUCGGGAUGCCUUCAUCGCCACACGGCGGGGUUGCUGAGACACCAUUGAAGAAACAGUCUCUGAACAGACCAGGCUCGCUAGAAGGCUUUGUUACCGUCACACCUGUUAAAAAACGAACUGUUAAUAAUGUUGUUGCUACUCCAGCACAACCUAAGCUAGUUCAAGAGAAGGAAUCAGCAGCCAGGCGGCUAUCGAUUUAUGAGAGACUGGGGUGGGAUGACGACUAUGAUGAUCUUAACUGACAUGUGCUUCAAUGCUCUUGCUCAUGUCCGAAUGACGCAAACUGGAAAAUGCAAGUAGCUUGUUUGGAUCAAAAGGUCGAAAAAGCUAUUUCUCGGUCACUCUGGUUGAGAACGUGAUGAGAUAUGAUGGAUGACUGCAUGGGAUAGGCGUUUACACAUUUCGAUAGAUUUUUACCGGCAUAGCAUUUGAGCAUUGGUAAACAGGUGGUAAUGAAGAUAUUGGUCUAUAAUUCAAGAGCCUGCGUCUCUGAGGAAAUUUGUUGAAUUUGUGGUGGGGAAAUAUAUACAAGAACAAGUA